UGCCACAUGACCCUGUCCAGUCUUCCAUGCAGCAGUGAUCUUUCGGUGUGUUGUUUCCGUGGCCUGUCUGCUUCCUGGAGGCAGGAAGCCCCCCAUGACCGUUCUCACGCCUGCUGCUGUGGCCUCGGUACCUGCGGUGCACUGUCGGAAGCAUCCUAACAAGCCCUCGAAGAACAUUCUUUGGAUUAUUGCUCGAGCAAAGGAUGUGAUAAUACCAGCAAAGCCACCUGUCAGCUUUUUCUCCUCGAGGUCUCCGGUUCUUGACCUCUUCCAGGGGCAGCUGGACUACGCAGAGCAUGUCCGCCGGGAGUCCGAGGUGGCGCUGCUCUUCUUCUACGCGCCAUGGUGCGGCCAGUCCAUCGCCGCCAGGUCCGAGAUCGAGCGGGCGGCGAGCCGCCUUUCAGACCAGGUGUUGUUUGUGGCCAUUAACUGCUGGUGGAACCAGGGGAAAUGCAGAAAACAGAAGCACUUCUUUUAUUUCCCCGUAAUCUAUCUGUACCAUCGCAGUUUUGGACCAAUCGAAUACAAAGGCCCCCUGAGUGCUGUUUACAUUGAGAAGUUUGUCCGCCGGGUGAUGAGACCACUUCUCUACAUUCCAUCUCAGUCAGAGUUACUAGAUUUCCUCUCAGACUACGAGCCUGGAGUCCUCGGGUACUUCGAGUUCAGCGGCUCCCCCCAGCCUCCAGGCUACUUGACCUUCUUCACGUCGGCGUUACUUUCAUUAAAGAAAGAUUACCUAGGAACAGUACGAUUUGGGGUUAUCACAAAUAAACAUCUUGCGAAACUGGUAUCCUUAGUACACUCUGGAAGUGUGUAUUUACAUAGACAUUUCAACACAUCACUUGUCUUUCCCGGGGAGGCCACCAACUCCACGGCCGAGAACAUUCACAAGUGGGCCCUGGAGAACGGCGAGGCGCUUCUGCGCUGGCUGCGGCCGCACGGCGGCAAGAGCCUCCUGCUCAACAACGAGCUCAAGAAAGGACCGGCGCUGCUCGUGUUUCUGCCUUUCGACCCCUUAGGCGACAGCCACCCUUUAAUAGAGGAGAUCACCGAAGUGGCCUUGGAGUACCACAACUGUCACGGGGACCAGGUGGUGGAGCGGCUCCUUCAGCACCUGCGGCGGGUGGACGCCCCGCUGGUCACGUCUCUGGCCCCCGAGCCCCCAGCCCGGCUGCCGGACCCGCCGCCCAUUGCGGCAUCCCCCUGCUGCAACACCGUGGUGCUGCCCCAGUGGCGCGCCGUCUCCAGGACCCACAGCGUCUGCGAGCUGUGCGUCAACCAGACCGCGGGGGGCGUCCGGCCGGGCUCGGUCGGCGAGCCGCAGUGCAGCUUUUUCGCGAUGGCGGCGGCCCUGGACUCUUUCUACCUCAAGGAGCAGACCUUCUACCACGUGGCGUCCGCCAGCAUCGAGUGCAGCAACUUCCUCAGCUCCUACAGCCCUUUCAGCUACUACACUGCAUGUUGCAGGACCAUAAGCAGGGCCGUGAUGGGCUUCGUCGACUCUGGCCAGGGUGUCUUUGAAACCCCGACUGUCGCGUUCUCUCCCCUCGAGAGGAGAUGCGAGGCUGACGGCCCUGGCUCCGUUCCUCACAUUGAGGAGAACAGGCCUCUCUUCCCCCAGGUGGACGCGGGCAGCACGCGCUUCACUGGCCUGAGCUGCAGGACCAACAAGACCCUGAACGUCUACCUUUUGGAUUCACACUUGUUUUGGUUGUAUGCAGAGAGGCUGGGGGCUCCGAGCGCCCCCCGCGUGAAGGAAUUUGCCACGAUUGUGGAUGUGAAGGAAGAGUCUCACUAUAUCUUGGAUCCACAACAAGCUCUUACGAAGUUCACCCUAGAGUCUUUUAUUCAAAACUUCAGCGUUCUUUACAGUCCCUUGAAAAGGCAUCUUAUUGGAAGUGAUUCUGCCCAGUUCCCUUCUCAGCAUUUAAUCACUGAAGUGACAACUGAUACCUUUUGGGAAGUGGUCCUUCAAAAACAGGACGUGCUGCUGCUAUACUACGCACAGUGGUGCGGCUUCUGUCCCUCCCUCAAUCAUGUCUUCAUCCAGCUGGCUCGGCUCCUGCCGCCGGACGCGCUCACCGUGGCCAGGAUUGAUGUGUCUCAGAAUGACCUGCCUUGGGAAUUUACGGUCCACCGUCUCCCUACGGUCUUAUUUUUCCCCGGCAACAGAAAGGACCGCAGCGUGAAGUACCCCGAAGACCUUCCCGUCACCCUUCCCAACCUGCUGAGGUUCAUCUUGCAUCACUCAGACCAGGCUUCUGCCCGCCGCGGCCUGCUGCACGGGCGCAAGAGCCGCGAGCUGGACGAGCUGGCCCGGAAGCUGCGGGCGCUGGCCGACGCCUCGGAGGACCUCCUCGCCGAGAACGCGUGGCUCAAGGUCCUGGUGGCCACCAUGGAGCGGAGGCUGGAGGGCAGGGACAGAGCCGACCCGCUGGCCCCCCCGCCGGAGGCCCGCCCCAGCCACCCCAAGCCCUCGGGGCCCCCCCGGCUCCCGGGCGGCCCCCCUGCGCCUUCCAACGUCAGCUCCGCGCUGGCGUCCGAGAGGAGCGAUGAGAACAGGACAGGCUGACUUUUAAAAUGACACGAAGAAAUCAGAGAAAAACUGUACAUUGGGAAUAUAUUUAUGCAAAUUUUAUUGAAAUUUAUUGUAAAUAAAGAUUUUCUCAGUGGUCUAGAAAAUCACGUUGAAUGUCAUUCAGCUUUUAUGGAACAGGGAGGAACCCUUCCGCUUAUUGCACAGACUUGGUAGCUUUGAGAUGGAAACAGUAGCACAGUCCAUUUGAAGACUUACUGAAAAGUUAGUUGGUAUUUCAGUGGCUCAGUGUCCGAGUCCCCUCCCCACCCGCUCCCGUUGCUUCUGCGAGGACAUGCAGGCCGCGAGGCUGAUUUGCUGACUGGCCCCUCAGAAGACCUGAACACAACGGUCGGGCUAUUCAGAAAGAAUUCAACGAGAGGUCAUAACUUCACCAAGCCGUGGGAGUGUGCGGCUCUGGCAUCUACGCUAAAUAAAAAAAGUAGCUGUUGAUAGACAGGCA